UGCGUUCACACUGCAUUCGGCGUCGAAAAAAAACUGAGCAAGGUCGUUCCGCGCAUGCUGCGUCGGGGAAUUGCUGAAGGAAAAUGCGUUUUUCUUGAAGAAAACGACGAGAUUGAUAAUUAGUGAAUAAAUCACGCGAAACUAUAAGAUGUGUGUGCGGUAUCUUCAAGUGAUAGUUAGAGCGAGACAACACUACUCUCUGUGUGUGUGUUUGUGUUUGCGUGCAAUUUGUUGAUGUAGUUUUUUGUGUUGUUGUUGCUGCACAGAAAUGCAGGGGAACAACAAAAAUAACUAAAUUUGUUGUUGCAUGGUGCAAAGAGCCGGCAAAACAAACGUAAACGUAAAUCUGAUUGAGAAAACGCAGCAACGCGAAAGAUUCGCCAAAGAAUACACAACAAAAGUGGAGUGAGUUUCUGUGCGUGUUUACCCGCUCCUGUGUGUGUGAAUGUAAGAAAAGAAUCAAAUUAAAACCCCCAACGGCCAAAAUGCAGUGCGAGCAAAACGCCGCGGGAUCGUAAACAAAAUUCUCUGGCCCUCAAAUAACCGCGUAACGUAACCGCUCCCGUAAAUUAGCAGUCGAAACAAUUUCAUUAACAUGGCCCACACGACGAUAACAACGUGGACUCUGAGUAUAUUCCUGAUCCAGCUGCAGCUGUUGCAGCCUUCAAUUGGCAGUCAAGCACUCUCGUUCACCCUGGAGCCCCAGGAUGCUGUUGUGCCCGAGGGCCACUCGGUGCUGCUGCAGUGCUCCGGCAGUGCGCCUGCCCGUGGCAAGGGCAAGGCCACGCCCACGCCCACGCCUGCAACCGUGCGAUGGCGGGGACCCGACGGCCAGGACCUGGGCAUCGUGGGGGACACCUUCCGCACGCAGCUGAAGAACGGAUCGCUGUACAUCAGUUCGGUGGAGGAGAACCGCGGACUGACGGGCGCCUACCAGUGCCUCCUCACCGCCGAGGGGGUGGGCAGCGUGCUGAGCCGGCCGGCGCUGGUGGCGAUUGCCCGCCAGCCGGACCUCAACCAGGACUUCAUCGAGACGUACCUGCUGCCGGGACAGACGGCCUACUUCCGGUGCAUGGUGGGCGAGGCCAGCUGGCAGGAGGGCGUGCGGCACUCGGUGCAGUGGUUCCGGGACGACAUGCCCCUGCCCCUGGACAAGCUGCGGAUGGUGGUGCUGCCCAACGGGGCCCUGGAGAUCGAUGAGGUGGCUGCCUCCGAUCGCGGCGCCUACCAGUGCAACGUCACCUCGGGCAGCGUCACCCGCCUGAGCAGCAAGACCAAUCUGAACAUCAAGAAGGCGGCGAGCGGGCAGCCGGGCGGCGAGCAUGCGGUGGCCCCCUCCUUCCUAGUGGGGCCGUCGCCCAAGACCGUCCGCGAGGGGGACACCGUCACCCUGGACUGUGUGGCCAACGGGGUGCCCAAGCCGCAGAUCAAGUGGCUGCGCAACGGCGAGGAGCUCGACCUGAACGACCUCGACUCGCGCUUCUCCAUCAUCGGUACGGGCUCGCUGCAGAUCUCCAGCGCCGAGGACAUCGACUCGGGCAACUAUCAGUGCCGGGCCAGCAACACCGUCGACUGCCUGGACGCCCAGGCCACGGUGCAGGUCCAGGUGCCGCCCAAGUUCAUCCAGGCGCCGCGCGACAAGACCGCCCACAAGAAGGAGGAGCUGGAGCUCGAGUGCGCCAUCUGGGGCAAGCCCAAGCCCGUCAUCAGGUGGCUGAAGAACGGCGACCUUGUCACCCCCAACGACUACAUGCAGCUGGUGGCCGACCACAACCUGCGCAUCCUGGGACUCCUCCACUCCGAUGCCGGGAUGUUCCAGUGCGUGGGCACCAAUGCCGCUGGCAGUGUCCAGGCAGCGGCCCGGCUACGCGUCGUCCCACCAGGAGGCCAGUCCACCAAGUCCCUGCAGACCUCCGGCAGUCCAGUGAAACGACGACGACCGUACAGCUCGGGAGAGCAGCAGCCGCUGCGCACCAAAUCGGGGGCCAGCCUGUGCUCGACCGAGGACUUGGACGAGGACGAGGACGGGGACGACGACGCCUAGGACAGUGGGACGACCACGCGGCUCCUGUACUCCAAGACCCUGCUGGACAGCCUGCAGCACUCGGGGAAGGCCUCACGGCCCGAGCAGCCGCUCAACGAUCGCAACUUUGGGCGGAACGAGGCCAGCGCCCUGCGGCGGGAGAGCAGUGCUGGGGACAGGGGCAACAGCAACAAUGACAACGACCAAGACGACGACGAUGACGACGAGUACGACGAUGACGAGACGAAGGAGGCACUGAUCGCUGCCUACAAGCACGGCGAUGAUCCCCAGAAAAUACUGCCCUCCUGGCAGAGCAACAAGCACAAGAAAUCCCAGCCACAGCAACAACAGAAGCUGCAAUUGCCAUUGCCCCCAUCCUUCAAUUUUGCGUCCCCCUCAGAUUCAAGCGAGCAGGAAGCGAGCGCCAAUGCCGCCGCCGGGAGUGGAGUGCCACUGAAAAGUCUGGGCAGCGGACUCCUGGCCCGUCUGCCCAGCCAGCCCCGCGACCUGGCGGCCCAGAUAGUCAAGCCGCGGUUCGUCACCCUCAGCUGGGCGGAGCCCCUGCAGAAUGCCGGGGAAGUGGUCUACUACACGGUCUACUACAAGAUGAACAACAGCGAGAGGGAGCAGAAAAUGGUGACCAACUCGCACGACGACCUGCAGGUGAACAUCCAAUCGCUGCUGCCGGGCAGGACGUACCAGUUCCGUGUGGUGGCCAGCACGAACUUCGGCAGCGGCGAGUCCUCUGCCCCGCUGGAGGUCAGCACCCAGCCGGAGGUGAACAUAGCCGGACCGCCGCGGGCCUUUGAGGGCCAUGCGCGCAGUCACAGCGAGAUCUACGUGCGCUGGGAGGAGCCAGCAGUGACCAACGGAGAGAUACUCAAGUAUCGCGUCUACUACUCGGAGAACGAAAGCGGAGCUGAUUUGUACCACGAUAGCACCGCCAUGGAGGCACUGCUCACCGAGCUGCGUGCCUACACGGACUACGUGAUCAGUGUGGUGCCCUUCAAUCGGAACGGCAUGGGCGAUCCCUCGGCCGAGAUCAAGGUGAAGACGUACUCCUCAACGCCGUCGGAGCCGCCCAACAAUGUCACCCUGGAGGUGACCAGUUCCAGCGUGAGUAUACCCUUUCGUCUCUUUGGGCAGUCUAUUACAGUUCACUGGGAGCCACCCGCCGAGGAGGAUCGCAAUGGCCAGAUAACAGGCUACAAGAUCCGGUAUCGCAAGUUCAAGGACGCGCCGCAGGUGAAGAGCACGCCGGCCAACAUACGCUACUUCGAGCUGAGCGGACUGGACCGCAUUGCCGAGUACCAGGUGAAGAUUGCGGCCAUGACGGUGAAUGGAUCCGGGCCGUUCACGGAGUGGUAUCGCGUCAAUACGCUGGAGAACGAUCUGGACGAGACGCAGGUGCCGGGCAAACCGAUUUGGAUCAAUAUACAUCCGGGAGCGGAGAACAUCGGCCUGCACUGGGGUCCGCCGCAGCAGCCGGAGAUCAAGAUACGCAACUACGUGCUGGGCUGGGGCCGAGGCAUACCCGACGAGAACACCAUCGAGCUGAAGGAGACCGAGCGCUACCACGUGCUCAAAAACCUCGAGUCGAACACGGAGUAUGUGGUCUCGCUGAGGGCGCGCAAUGUGAUGGGCGAUGGCCCGCCGAUCUACGACAACAUCAAGACCCGCGACGAGGAGCCCAUCGACGUGCCGGUGCCGCUGGAGGUGCCCGUGGGCCUGAGGGCCAUCACCAUGUCGAGCUCCUCGAUCGUUGUCUACUGGAUCGACACGAUGCUGAGCAAGAACCAGCACGUGACCGACAACCGCCACUACACGGUCAGCUACGGCAUCACGGGAUCCAGUCGCUAUCGCUACCACAACACCACCGAUCUCAACUGCAUGAUCAAAGACCUGCGGCCGAGCACCCAGUACGAGUUCGCCGUAAAGGUGGUGAAGGGGCGCCGCGAGUCCGCCUGGUCCAUGUCGGUGCUGAACAGCACCUACCAGAAUGUGCCAGUGACGCCGCCGCGGGAGGUAACUGUGCGCCUGGACGAGGAGAAUCCCCCCACGGUGAUCAUCCAGUGGAUGCCGCCGAAGCACACGGUGGGCCAGAUCACCGGCUACAACAUCUACUACACGACGGACACCACGAAGCGCGACUGGUCCAUUGAGGCCUUCACCGGCGAGGAGACCAUGCUGAUGCUGUCCAACCUGAAGCCCUACACCACCUACUACUUCAAGGUGCAGGCGCGCACCAGCAAGCAGCAGGGCAACAACAAUGCCCCCUUCUCCGCUCUGGUGUCCUACACGACCACGGCUGCGGUGAUCAUGCAGGAGGCGGACACCAUUGCCAAGGGCAUCGACAACGAGCAGCUGCUGUACAUCAUCGGAGCCACGGUCGUGGUGUUGCUGGUUGUCCUCUUUGCCAUUCUAUUUCUCUGCCGCAGCAAGCCCCAAUCGUCACCGGAGCAUACGAAAAAGAGCUAUCAAAAGAACAACGUGGGAGUGCCAAAGCCCCCAGAUCUAUGGAUCCAUCACGAACAGAUGGAGCUGAAGAACAUGCAGACGCACACGGUCACGCCCGUUUGCAGCGAUGGGGCCUCCAGUAGUGGGGCCCUGACCCUGCCCCGCUCGGUGGUCCACAGCAAGUACGAGGUGGAGACGCCUGGCGGAGUGCCUGGGCAUGUGACCAACUCGCUGGACAAGCGCUCCUACGUGCCCGGCUACAUGACCACUUCGAUGAACUCUACGAUGGAGCGCCCGCAGUAUCCGGGCUAGCUGGCCCAAACGCCCGAGCACCGCUACGGGGGCUACGAUGCCAGCUUCUGCAAUGCCGGCAAUGGAGCCGCUGGCAAUGGCUGUGUGUCCACCAUCGAGAGUGCCAAGCGCGGGCAUCCGCUCAAGAGUUUCAUCGUUCCAGGGCCACCGCCCACUGGGGGAGCCACGCCCAUUAACAAGCACACUCCUGCCAUAACAAUACGUCCACAGAACCAGUCGCCCUACAAGAAGCCAUCGUUCUCGGCCGCCACGCCAAAUCGCUUGCAGGGCGGCGGGUCGGUGUCACACUCGACCGUCGAGAUCCAGAGACUGGCACCGAGCACAUCCACAGAGGAGCUCAACCAGAAGAUGGCCAAUCUGGAGGGUCUCAUGAAGGAUCUGAGCGCCAUCACGGCCAACGAGUUCGAGUGUUAACAGUGAAGCGGCACCUGCAAAUGAAUGAACGAUCGAAUUACGAGAACUGUAAAUACGAACGACGCCGCCAUAUACAUAUUUAAGCCUAGAUACACACAUCCAUAACUAUAAAUAGCAUCAUAGUAUAGUUAGUUAACGAUUAAGCAACAAGAAAACUGUGUAAAAACAUACAGCCAGUGCAGAAGUGCGUUCAUUGUGUGCAGGAUUGACUGAACUGGCUGCCUCUCCUGGCUACCACACGACAUUUCAUAUUUAUCACACUGCAGCACCUUCAUUUCAUACGCAUGCAGAUCCGCUUUAUUCUCUAAGUCUACAUAUUGUAUUCAUAUAGUACAUAUGCAUUAGCAUCUGCAUCUACGUCUAAGCUAAAUUUCGUACUAUUUAUGUCCCUAGGAACGUAACUUUUAUACUAAUCUAUGUAUUGUGUAGUCCACAAAAACAGGAAAAAGGGGAUUACAGAAAUGUAUGCCGAUCUAGCCCUGUUUGCCCCCGAAUACCGAAUCUCAAGGGGAAUUCGUUCAACGUCCAAGAAGGGGAAUUAAUGUCUAGCCUAGACAGCUUUACGUCUUUUUCAUUGGGAUAGUCCUGCCAACUGAUUGACAUCAGAAAAACAUCCCCCUCAUCCAAAAAAUUCUCAAUAAAAUCGAGAUUUUGAUUGAACAGCA